ACGAAAUUUUCACCACGUGUAAGCAAGUGUUACAAGACAGCGCAACGAUAAUACCCGAGGAGAAGCCGAAUUGCGAUUAAAAAAAAAAUUUCGCGUGUUUUAUUGCGAAAAACAUCGAGUUGUUAGACUACAAGUUUCGGGGAGAAAUAGCAAAAGGUGAAAAUGAAGUCAUUUUUGACAAUCGUGUGUCUGUCGAUGGCAGUGGUUGCUAUCAACGCUCAGGAUAUUGCCGAGUGCCUGAGACAGGACAGUAUAUCCUGCGUACAGAAGAGCCUCUACAGGAAGGCCAAAGAGUUCUUCGGCAAGGACAACUUGGAAAUCGUUAACGGUGUAUCAUUGGUCAAGAGUGCUGACAGAAACUCCAGAACUGGUAAUGAAGUGUUUUACGAUCAGGAGAUUGAGGCGGCUUCGGAUGUCACUGAGAGACAGAGCGCACUUGAGAAUUUUGUGGGAGAGGAGGCCAGCGACUUCCUCACCGGACGCAGUUUGAGGAUCAACUUUGCACCAGCCAUUCAGAAAAUCGGGGAAUCAGCACGUGCUAUGGUGGAGUCUGUUCCUGAAGAGGUGCAACAGGCCGCUGAUGAAGUUGUUGAAGGCCGUGGAAAGAAAAAGCUGUUGAAGUCGAUCCUCCCCCUGUUGAUCGCCGCCAAAGUGAAGAUCGGUGCCCUGGCAACACUCGCCUACUUCGGAAUAGCCCUUCUCGCCAAGAAGGCCCUCAUCGCCUCCAUCAUCUCCAUCAUCAUCUCCGCCUUCGUGGGCCUCAGGUCCCUCUGGUCCAAGGGUGGACACGACGUCACUGGUUACAACGCCGGUGGAUGGAGCAACGGUAACAGCGGCGGUUGGACAGCACCAGCUUCCUCAGGCGGCUGGUCCAGCGGCGGUGGUGGCGGUGGCUGGGAGGAUGGACACGGUGGCUAUGCAUCCGCUCAGAGUCAGGCAUACUCCGGAUAUCAUCACUGAGAGCAAACCAUCAACAUCAUCCAACAACUGCCAAAUAAUUACACCUACGAUAACAUUUAGCCCUUCAUCCUCACUCAUUAAAUCCAAGAUGAAGGGAAAUGUUCGUCUGGGCAUGUAGCGAAAUUCUCCACAAUCAAGGGGAUAUAUUUAUUUGUUUAUUUAUCAUUGUUUGUAAGAAUGGCCUUGACCAAUUAUCAAUGGCUCAUUGUAUAUAUAACACUAUAUAUAUGACCUUUCUUUUGUAUUUUUCUAUAUGAAAACAUGUAUAUUGAUAAUCCUGCCUUCUCUGUCUUAUCAACCGCACUUUGUGCCUCUCAAUCUGCCACCCUCUGUUAAAUAGUAAUUACUGGCUCGUCUGUAACGUUUUGUAACACUUACUAAGUUAUAUGUGAUCGCAUAUAACGUAAUUACAUGUAAUUGCGAGGGACCAGUCGAUUUGUCCCUCGGUCGCUCUUUGAUAAAACUGAAGAACCGAAAAUACAAAUUUUUUUUAUGAAGA